UGUUUUUAUUAGAACAGUAGAAGAAGAAGGAGGAGGCGGUUUGAAAGCUCCGCGCGGCUACAUGAGGACAAGAUGGCGGCGUUGGAGCGGAGCUUCAUAGAAAUCUGUGGAUUUGAGAGAGAAUCUGUCCAGAGAUUCCGAGAAGUGACCGUGAACCUCGGUGUGAGUUCUCUUCCUGGAAGUGUGAAGUUUGCUGACAGCGCCGGAGCGUUUCAUUAUGAGGAGAGCGGGAAGCUGCUGUCUGUGACCAGUCACCGAUUCAUCCGCUGGUCUACGUCAGGAGACUCGGUGCAGCUGGUGGAGCAGUGUCUGGACACCAACCUGCUCAACAACGCCGUCAAACUCAGGUUCAUCCACUGCACGGUUCUGCCUGGAGGAGUCAGUGUCCACGAGACACUCAACAAUGUCUUCAUCCUCAUCUCCACCAAUCAGAGCGUCCACAGGCUGGUGCUGCCUCACCCAACGCGCAUGUACCGCAGCGAGCUGGUGACAGAGCUGCACAUGCAGUCCAUCUUCACUGAUGUGGGCAAACACAGUCUGCAGGACCCGAGUCACAGCACCAUCAUCCCCAGCUCGGCGGGGCAGACAGGGAGUCCCAUCACCUCCACGGCCUGGCUCAGCUUCCAUGGAGAGGCUCACUUCGCUCUGGCUUCACCUGCUGGAGGCAUCAUGGUGGUGACUCUACCGCCUCACGACGCUCAGGGAAGUGUGUCGGUGCUGGAGCUGAAGAGGAGCUCCAUGAUGACCCGACUCUCCGGCUGGAUGCCCUCAGCCAUCCGGGGGGAGCAGAGUCCGGCUGACCUGGUGCUCAGUCUGGCCGUCCGCGAGCUGGAGGAAGACACCUUCAUCUUCGCCCUCUGUCAGGAUCACAGACUGCGCAUGUGGUCGUUCAAGGAUCAGACGUGUCUGCUGGAGGCCGACAUGUUGGAGUACAUGCCGGUGAGUAAAGGAGUGAAGCGUCUGCCGGGUCAGGCUCAUCGUCUGAGGUUGGCCUUCUCCUCCACCACCGGCCUCUGUCUCUGUGUUUACCUCGCUGUCCCUCAGAAAGGACAGUUCACUGUCCUGCAGCUGGUCGGCACCGACAACAACCGCUACAGCCUCGAACACAUCUCCUCCCUGUUCAGCACUCAGGAGACUCUGGUGGACUUCACUCUGACCUCCUCCGAUGUCUGGGCCGUGUGGGUGGACGAAUCCAACGCCGCCGUAGUGAAGUAUAUCAACUAUGAGCACAACACGGGGGGCCAGUGGAACCAGGUCUUUGUUCAGCCUCCACCAGAAGAAGAAGUCAACGUCGGGGUGGACAUGGACCCCCGGGAGACGUAUCUGGAGGUUCUCUUCUCUCCUCUACGCUUCACUGCUUCAGCCAUCGUUAAAGCUCUACAGAUCUACCGGCGGGGUUCAGAGAGGGUCUCUGAUUUGUCGUGGGAGUCUCUGAAGAAGGAGGUGACUGUUGCCGUGGAGACCGAGCUGCAGAGCAGUGUGACGGAGUUUGAGUUUUCUCAGGAGGAGUACCGUCAGCUUCAGGUGGAGUUCUGGUCCCGGUUCUACUCCUGUUGUCUGCAGUACCAGGAGGUACAGUCGACUCCUGUGGGACUGACCGUCAGCCACCACACCGGCAUGGCCUGUCUGCUGAGAAAGGGCUUCAUGUCGUUCCUCCUGCCGUGUUUUGCUGUGGACCACCUGUACCUGUCCUACGACCAGUACCUGUUCUCAGAGGACGACACGCCCAUCACUGACGACCCUGACGUGGGCCGGGACGUCCUGCAGCUGGUCCAGUGCCUGAGGUUGGUCAGCGAUGCGGUUUCUGGGGAGAUGGCGUACGAGAUGGAGAAAGCGCUGGAGUACCUGCAGUCACCAGAGAGGGCGGCAGAGCUCAUCCUGGAGAGCAUGCUCUGUAACGACAAUGAUGAUGUCAUCGUCGACGUCCAGAACAAGCUGCAGAACGUACGGAACCCCACGGCGGCCAUGAUGGUUCUGCUCAGGGAGCUGGACCUGGAGACGGACUCAGAGGUCGGAGGAGACGGGCCCACGGCUGCAGGGGACAGCCUGCUGGUGAGGAUGAGCGUGUCCCAGCUGUUGAGCAGCAGCUGUGCAGCGUCUCUGCUGAGUCAGGCUGUUUCUCACAUGACUCUGACCAGAGCUCUGCUGCUCAGGGACCUGCUGCUGCUGCAGAAGAUCUACCUGCGCUUUGGGGACAACGUGUUUCUGGGUGGGGGGGCCCAGUUGCUGCAGCUCCAGCAGGACUUGAUUCCCAGGACGUCCCACCUCCUGUCCUCCUAUCAUCUCCUCAAACACAUCAGUCAGAGCCUGUCCUCCUCCGUUGCCAUGGAUACGCUAGACGCUAACUUGCAGCACCUCACAGUGUUGGAGCUGUCGGACACUGUGUCCCCUGUGUCCUCCAUGUCCUCCGCCCGUUCAGGUCUGGGUCCUCAGACUGUGGUGGAGCUCUUCUACCAGACGUCUGCCAGGAAGUUGAUUGUGUCUCAGGUUUUGUCUCAGCAGACGACGUCUUCUCAGCUCGUCUGGAGUCACGUGAUCUCCAGCGUUGUCCAGCUGUUGGCUCAGCUGCUGUGGCCCAGUAACCCUGGAUUCCAGUUCCCCGAGUGUCUCAUGGCCAACUGUCAGUACACUCAGCUGCAGGAGUACGUGAGGCUGGUUGGUCCGUGGUGUCAGGUGAACAUCGGCUCCUGUCGCUUCAUCCUGGGACAGUGUUACCUGGCCAGUGGGGAGGGACAGAAGGCUCUGCAGUGUUUCCAGGAGGCAGCGACCGAGGUGGAGAAGGAGGACUUCCUGAUGAGACUGACGGGCAGCGAGGACGAGGACAAUGUGUCCACCCCCAGACUGCAGUACUACAACAAGGUGCUGCGUCUCCUGGAGGACGUGGGUCUACCUGAACUCAUCAUCCAGUUGUCCUCUUUAGCCAUAACGGAGGCCGGGAGCGACAGCAACAGCCAGGCUGCUCUGUGGACUCGAAUAUUCAAACAUCAUCUGGACCUGGGACACAACAACGAAGCCUACGCUGCCCUGACCCAGAACCCGGACACCAGCAUGCAGCUGGAUUGUCUCCGUCAGCUGGUCGUGGUUCUGUGUGAACGGUCUCAGCUUCAGGAUUUAGUCCAGUUCCCGUACGUGAACCUGCACGACGAGGUGGUGAACAUCAUCGAGUCCAGAGCCAGAGGUUUAGAUCUUCUCACCCACAACUACUACGAGCUGCUCUACGCCUUCCACGUCUGCAGACACAACUACAGGAAAGCUGGGACGGUGAUGUUUGAGUUUGGGAUGCGUCUGGGACGCGAGGUCCGGACUCUGCUCGGUCUCCAGAAACAAGUCAACUGUUUCCUGGCAGCUCUCAACUGUCUCCGGCUCAUAAGGCCUGAAUACGCCUGGAUCGUCCAGCCGUCCUCUGGAGCCACGUACGAUCGUCCUGGUGCGUCUCCAAAGAGAAACUCUGAUGGAGAGUUUUCUUCUGAACCAGCCAAGCGUCAGGUGGACAUCCUGGAGUUGGACGACCUGGAAAAGGAAUACAUUUUGUCCCGCAGCCGCCUCACCCUCGCCAGACACCACCCCCCGUCGGCCGCCAUCGCAGGUGGAGCGUCCGCGGUGGAGCUGGUGGCGCUGCUGGUCCAGAACGGACUCUUUGACUCGGCUCUGACUCUGUGUCGGAGCUUCGGCCUGAACUUGAGUCACGUGUUCGAGGGUUUGACUUUUAAAUGCAUCAAGCUUCAGUUUGGAGGGGAGGAGUCUCAGAAUGAAGCCUGGAGCUGGUUGGCUGCCAAUCAGCUGUCAGUUGUCAACACCAAAGAGUCCAGCGCUGCAGACGAGGCGUGGCGGCUGCUAGCGUCCUACCUGGACAGGUAUCCGUCCAGUAACGGACAGCAUCACCGCUGCAUCGUCCACAAGCUGCUGUCACAUGGUGUCCCUCUUCCUGAUUGGCUGGUAAAAUCCUACAAGCGUCUGGACGCCCCGUCUCUGCUGCGUCUCCUGCUCAACUUUGACCUCCUGGAAGCAGCUGCUGAGCUGGUGCUGGAGUACGUGGACGCUGUCCUGGGACGAGGACACCAGUACUUUGGAAUACAGAGGCCUCUGUCCUCCACGUCUCCACCCUCAUGGCUGCCGUACACGUCCAUCGAUCAGUUGUUACAAGCUCUGAACGAGACGCAGACUCACAGCAACCUCUCAACCAGAGUGCGGGAUAAACUGGACGAGUACCACCGGGUGGUGGAGCAGGUGACCCGACGCAGGCUGGCGGCUCACGGCGCCCCCUACUGAACCCUGAUGGAAAUACGUUUUCUACUGAACUGAAUAAAGUGUUUUGUUAUGUUUCA